AUGCCGCAGUUCUCAGUGGAGCAGGUGCGCGCCAUCAUGGACAAGAGUGAGAGCAUCCGCUCCAUGAGUGUCAUCGCCCAUGUGGACCAUGGAAAGACGACUCUUGCGGACUCCUUGCUGUCCAGAGCGGGCAUCAUCGCAAGCAAGUCAGCUGGUGAUGCCAAGUUCAUGCAGGGGAGGAAGGAUGAGCAGGAGCGCGGUGUGACGAUCAAGAGCACUGGAGUCACCCUAUUCUUCGAGCACGAUUGUGAAGACGGGGCAGGGCCCCAGCCACACCUCAUCAAUCUGAUUGACUCCCCGGGUCAUGUGGACUUCUCCUCGGAAGUGACCGCGGCGCUGCGCAUCACCGACGGGGCCAUUGUGGUCGUGGAUUGCAUUGAGGGCUGCGCUGUCCAGACGGAGACGGUUCUCCGACAGGCGCUGCAAGAACGGGUGAAGCCAUGCCUUUUCGUCAACAAGGUGGACCGCUGUAUCUUGGAGAUGCAGAUGGAUGUUGAGGAGAUCUACUGUCGAUUCCGAAGCGCCAUCGAGAACGUGAAUGUCAUCAUCGCGACUUACAGCGAUCCUUCCAUGGGAAGCUUGCAGAUGGACCCUGCGAUCGGAAACGUGGCCUUCGGCAGUGGUCUGCACGGCUGGGGCUUCAGCAUCGAGCGCUUCGCCAAGAUCUAUGCGCAGAAGAUGGGCGUGAACAAGGCGAGGAUGAUGGAGCAUCUUUGGGGCGACUGGUACUACUAUCCCAUGCGGAAAGUCUGGACCACGUCACAGCCGGAAGAUCUGAAGGAGCCCCUGCAGCGGGCCUUCUGCCAGUACAUCAUGGGACCUAUCAAUCAGCUGAUUCGUGCCAUCAUGGACCAGGACACCGACAAGUACGAAAAGAUGAUGGAGUCCCUAGGCAUCGUGCUGAAAGGUGAGGACCGGGAGCUAAAAGGAAAGCCGCUCAUGAAGCAUGUGAUGCAGACCUGGAUCAAUGCAGCCGACUCUCUGCUUGGCAUGAUCGUCACACAGCUCCCGUCGCCGAAGGUGGCGCAGCGCUACCGAGUAGAGACCUUGUACGAGGGCCCGAUGGAUGACGCAGCGGCGAACGGCAUCCGGACAUGCGAUCCGGCAGCUCCACUGAUGCUCUACGUAUCCAAGAUGGUCCCUGCCGCGGACAAGAGCCGAUUCUACGCCUUCGGCCGUGUCUUCUCUGGCACCGUGGCCUCAGGGCAGAAGGUGCGAAUUCAGGGCUCGCACUACAAGCCCGGCUCGAAGGAGGACCUGCACGUGAAGAACAUACAGCGCACAGUGCUGAUGAUGGGCCGGACGACGGAAGCCAUCGCGGACGUGCCCUGUGGCAACACCGUGGCGCUGGUAGGCGUGGACCAGUACAUCCUCAAGUCCGGUACCAUCACCACCCUGGAAGAUGCACACAACUUCGCCGACAUGAAGUACAGCGUAUCUCCGGUGGUGAAGGUGGCAGUGAAGGCCAAGGACUCUAGGGAUCUGCCGAAGCUGGUCCAGGGGCUCAAGAAGCUUUCGAAUUCUGACCAGAUGGUUGUGUGCUCCGUCGACGAGAGCGGCGAGCAUGUGAUCGCGGGCUGUGGUGAGCUGCACGUAGAGAUCUGCCUCAAAGACCUUCGAGAGGAGUUUGCUCAGUGCGACUUCACCGUGUCAGACCCCGUCGUCUCGUACCGGGAAACGGUGUCAGCCCCUUCCAAGCAGGUGUGCCUGGCGAAGUCGCCCAAUCGGCUCAACCGCUUGUACGUUGCAGCGGAACCCUUGGCCGAAGAAGUGGUGCGGGCCGUGGAGGACGGCACAGCCGGGCCAUACGCGGAUGCGAAGGAGAGGACCAAGAUCUUGACCCAGUUCGGUUGGGACAAGCAGGUGGCUCAGUCCAAGAUCUGGUGCUAUGGUCCCUCUGGCGACGGCCCCAACAUCUUCGUGGACACCACGAUAGCCGCGCAGUACCUGGGCGAAGUGAAAGAUCAUGUCGUGAAUGCUGUUCAGUGGGUCACGAAAGAGGGUCCCCUGUGUGAAGAGAGCCUGCGGGGAGUCCGCUUCAACCUCUCGGAGGUCCUCCUCCACCCCGACAAGGUCCACCGUGGCGCCGGACAGAUCAUGCCGGCCACGAGGCGCUGCUGCUUUGCCUCAGAGUUGACCGCUUCACCGACGCUGCAAGAGCCGGUCUUCUUGGUGGAGAUCACGACCCCGAAGGAUGCCCUGAGCGGUGUCUACAGCUGCAUGUCUCUUCGGCGAGGCUGCAUCUUCGAGGAGAAUCCACGCGAGGGCACGCCACUGGUCCAAGUGAAGGCUUAUCUGCCGGUGUCGGAAUCGUUUGGCUUCGUCGCCGCGCUGCGCCAGGCGACCAGCGGCCAGGCAUUCCCACAGUCUGUCUUCGACCACUGGGAGAGCCUGCCAGGCAACUGCCUUGAGAAGGGCAGUAAGAUGGAGGAGCUCGUCCUGGGCAUCCGUAAGCGGAAGAGCCUGAAGGUGGAGAUGCCGUCCUUGACGGACUACCUUGACAAGCUGGACAAGUCUGGGCAGCAGAGCUUGAAGAAGGAAAAGGAGGCGAGCAAGACAGGCUCGGCGAAGGAGCAGUCGAGGGGGACUUCUUCAAUAUCAGAAUCGGACACGCAGAGGGCCGACGGCGACGGCGAGCCCAGUCCCGCGACGGCUCAGAAGGCGAUCGCGGGCGCGGGAGCAUCCUCGCAGAGCCCCAGGGCGAAGUCGCCGAAGGGGGCAGCGGAGGAAGACGCCUCGGGCAAGAAGUCUUCGCAGCCAGAGCCUUCGAGGAGCGGUUCGCCGAAGCUGCGGCAGCAGCAAUCAAAUGGGGGCAUCGGAAAGGCCAAGACAAGCGCCGACGAAGCCUCCGCCCCUUCGCACAGCCCAAGGGACAAGUCUGGGCAGCAGAGCUUGAAGAAGGAAAAGGAGGCGAGCAAGACGGGCUCGGCGCAGGAGCCGUCGAGGGGGACUUCUUCAAUAUCCGAAUCGGACACGCAGAGGGGCGACGGCGACGGCGAACCCAUUACCGCGACGCCUCGGAAGGCGAUCGCGGGCGCGGGAGCAUCCUCGCAGAGCCCCAGGGCGAAGUCGCCGAAGCGGGCAGCCGAGGAAGACGCAGAGCCUUCGAGGACAGACGUACCAAUACACACAGGUCCAAGCGAAGUAUCGCCGAGGGGUGCUGCCAGCAGAUCCGCAGAUCCCGAGGAUGCCGGCAGGACUGAGACCGGAGGGAUGAGCAGUGUGCCGCGGGCGGGUCCAGCUGCAAAGAGGGUCCCGUCUCCAAAGCUACGAAGCGCGGAAAGCAAAGAUGAUGCUGGGAGGGCCAAGUCGCCAAAGUGGGACUUCAAGAAGGGGGACGACCCCAGCAAGAAGACCUCGCAAGAGUCCGCGAGGAGCCCUUCGCCAAAGGCAGAGAAGCCGCAAGCCACUGUGGAGUCCGGCUCCAAAGCAGCCAAGCCUCGAGCGGACGAAGCUUCCACGCCGCCACAAAGCCCAAGGGACAAGUCUGCAAAGUGGAGCUUCAAGAAGGGAGACGAUCCUAGCAAGAUGGGUUCUGCAAAGGAGUCAACGAGGAGCCCUCCUCCGUCGUCAGAUGCGCAGCGACGCAGCGACGAACCGAGUAGCGCGAAAGCUGCAGCGUCUGCAAGCGAAGGAACGCCCCCGCAAAGUCCGAGGGCCAAGUCGCCAAAGUGGGACUUCAAGAAGGGGGACGACCCCAGCAAGAAGACCUCGCAAGAGUCCGCGAGGAGCCCUUCGCCAAAGGCAGAGAAGCCGCAAGCCACUGUGGAGUCCGGCUCCAAAGCAGCCAAGCCUCGAGCGGACGAAGCUUCCACGCCGCCACAAAGCCCAAGGGAAAAGCCAUCGAAGUGGAGCUUCAAAGCGCGAAGUGAUCCAGAGCAAGGUGCCAGGACUUCGGCACGUUCCCCGUCACUUGAUACGUCGGGACAAGAGCCUCGCAGUGGUGCUCGAAGCAGGAGUCCGUCCGAAAGUUCCAGGUCGGCAGCAAGCAGCAGCAGGAGUGCGGCUGCGAAGUGGAACAAGUACACCACGCUCACGCGUGCUCUCAGCAGGAGUUCUUCAAAUCUCGACAGCCCCCGAGGACCCGCGAGGGACAAAUGGAACUUUGCAGAGCGAGUCCUCAGGUCCCGAAGCCCUUCUGCAGGAGCCGAGGAGCGCAGGCAGAGGCGCUCGACGCUACUCGAUGCCUGCGUUGGGGAGGCAGAGGAGGCGAGCGGGCAGAAGCCGGCUCCUGACGCACCUCUGUCGGCAGACUCCCUCGCACGGUACUUCCAGGCGAAACGAGAUGCCGAACGAACACCUCAGAACUUAUCUGACGCCGGAAGUGCGCAAGAGGAGCUCGAGCGCGUGCCGCGCUUUGGCUCGGAGGGAAGCUCCGAGGAUGGCGCAGCUGGCAGCCCUGCACCACUGCAGCUUCUCCAGGCAGAUCUCAAGAACAUGAAAGUCUCUGAGUUGAGAGAUCGCGCUGCCACCUACGGUUGUGCCGACGACACGAUGCGGGCCGCGCUGGACAGCCAAAAUCCCAAGUCGGCGCUUGCAGAGCUCAUCUUGGAUGUGGCAAGGGAUGCCAGCGAUGCUCUCAUGGAGAUGAGCCUGCCUGAGCUGAAGCAGCAUGCGCAAGAGAUGGGCGUCACAGAGGCCCAGAUCGCCAGUGCCGAGAAGAGCAAGAAUCCGAAGGUGGCUCUCAUCAUGGCGAUCUUCGGGAGCAAUCGCGAUCAAGAAACACAGCUCCUGGCAGAAACGGCUCCUGGAGAGGUCUCCUUCGAUGUUGGCCAGACCACCCUGCAGUCGGUGGAGGCACAUGCAUUGGAAUUGCGGCGCAAGGAUUUGAGCCAAGAGCCGGGUCCUCAUCAGCUCGGCCCUGGUGCAUUCGGGCUGGUCUGGUGGUAUCUGAACGCUGAGGAAGAGGAGCGGCUGGGUGGAGAUGCUCUCCAGUCGCCGGCAUCGCCAGAGGCCGCAAAGGCCUUGCCGCCCGUGCCCAGCUCUCAGGGGCGCCUGCCAGAGGUGAAAUUCGAAGACGCAGCGUCUUCGCCUUCGCACCUCCUACCGUGGACGGCUCUCCACGCCCCACUGAAGCAGGGCCACAGGACAAAGCUUGCAGCUCAGGCCGUGGUGUCGGCCCAACCUGGCGUGCAGGACGAGGAGCCAGAGGCCGGCAUUGGGGAAGUCUCCCUGAUCCAGGCUCUGCAUUUGGUCCACUGGUGUUGGGCGCACCCUCAUUCUGAAAUGGCUGCGUCAUCCUUGGUGCCCAUGCUUCUCCUUGGAAAUGAGGGCAAAGUGGAGCUUGACUGGGCAUUGAUGCUGCUGGCCUUGCACAUGUGGCGGCGGGCCUCUGCCGCGGCAGAUCGAAAGGAGUUUCUGGUAGACAAUGAGAUGCUGCAGGCACCAACGUCAGGUUUGAGCUACUUCUUCUCGAAGAGCUUGGACGAUGUCGAUGCCGGAAAGACUGCCAUGUGGGGUCAGGUGGUGGUUGGCAAGAGACAUGGCGAGUGGGUAAAGGUUGGCCAUUGCUGCUACCUCCCGACCUCGCUGAACGGAGUUCAGGUGCUCCGGGAGGACUUUGACCCUUCCGAAGUAUCUGGUGUGCGGGCACGAUGGAGGCGGCCGGCGUUGGAGGUGGAUGAGCAGCAAGGCCGCAAUGAUAUUGUCGACCUGACGAAAGACUUGAAGAAGGCGCUCCAGCGAUCGGUGGUGCAGCGCCGGGAUCUGGAUGCCUCUAUGAGCGAGCGUGCAGAGGACACUCAGCUGGAGCUGGAAGCUGCGGCAGAGAGAGCUGCCCUGGAGGUUCUGCUGCGGCUGCGGCUGGCAACAGAGGUGAUGCAAUGCAGGCUGGUCAAAUUGAUGACAGGAAGCAGCUUAUAG